AACAAGUGAGAAAAUCUUUUUGUUUUGUAAGUAGAAACAAAAGAGAGAGAAAAAGUAAAAAUUAAAGAGAGAGCUUCACCAAACUCAUCACCACCCCUUUUUAUUUAUUUUUCUUCUAUUUCCUCUUCUUCUUUACCUUUCACAUUCUUCUUCUCUUUUCAACUACACCUUCGCUCUUGCCUUCGUCUCUUCAGGAAAUGGAAUGCGUUGAGGCAGCUUUGAAGACCAGUUUUAGAAAGGAAAUGGCUUUGAAACCAAGCCCCCAGGCGUUUUUGGAGGAUAUUUGGGUUGUUAAUGGACAAAAUGGGGUGUCUUGCGAUGAUUUUUCAGUUGACGACCUCUUUGACUUCAGUAACGAAGAGGGUUUCCUUCAACAGAAACGUGAGGAUGAAGAAGAUGAGGAGGAAGAAGAAGUACCAGCUUCUUCUUCUUUGCCUAAGAGACAAAAGCUAAGCCAAGACAACGCCCACUUCUCUAACGACAGUACUACAAAUUUCGAUUAUGGUUCCUUGUCCACCAACGAACUCGCCGUUCCGGCGGAUGACGUUGAGAACCUCGAAUGGCUGUCUCAUUUCGUGGAGGAUUCCUUCUUGGAGCACUCUACGGUGUAUCCGACCGGGACGUUAAUGGAAAAGCCCAAGUUACUCGACGGCAAAUUUCCCGAACCGGAAAAAUCAGUUACGACGACGGCAUGUUUCGAAACUCCUGUUCCAGCAAAAGCCAGAAGCAAGCGCGUUCGAACCGGAGGCCGAGUUUGGUCCCUUGUCGCCACCCCUUCUCUCACAGAAUCCUCUUCGAGUUCCACGUCAUCAUCUUCCUCCUCAAGCCCUUCCCCUUGGAUGUUUUGCCCCAACAGUGGUUCGGGUUCAAUCUUUGAACUGUCUGAACCUCUCUCUGUUGAAAAGCCGCCGGUUAAGAAGCAUAAGAAGAGACCGUCAACCGACACAACAGGUUGCAAUGGGACCCAGCCGACGCGUAGGUGCAGUCAUUGUGGAGUUACUAAGACGCCACAAUGGAGAGCCGGUCCAAUGGGGGCUAAGACUUUGUGUAACGCAUGCGGAGUCAGGUUUAAGUCGGGCCGGCUUUUACCCGAGUAUAGACCGGCUUGUAGUCCGACGUUUUCAAGCGAGUUACACUCGAACCAUCACCGAAAAGUGCUAGAGAUGCGGCGCAAGAAAGAGACAUUGGGUCAGGCCGAACCCGGUCUAACGCCUCCAGUUGUGCCCAGUUUUGGAUAAUAUUAGACAGAAAAAAACCAAAUAGUUCAUCUAGGUUUUAGAGCAGUAGGGAAAAAAAUACUGAAUAGGAUAAUAGAGUGAGAGAACGAGUUGAACGAACCCGGUUUGAUUGUUUCCGGUUCGAAAGGCCAAAAAAAAAUAGUUUAAAAAAAUUUCCAAGGUGGGUGCGGUAGGUUUUCUAGCAUAGGGAUGUAACUGAUUUAGAGAGGACUUUAUUGUAUCUGUUUUAUUAUUAUUUUUUCCUUCUUUUUUAUUUC